GUGGACUGUGUUACCGCCUGUGGAGCAGACUACAGUUGGAGUGGACUGUGUUACGUCCUGUAUAUCUAUGGCGUUAGCCGUGUGGUCUGAGCGGGUCCUGGAUCUGCUGCUGAAAAUGAACAACAUGCAGCAUGCAGGUUGUCUCCCAUUCUGCGUCCAGGGACAGCGGGUCGGCUGGGUGACGCAGCCAGUGGCACAGGUUCUCCUGCAGAGUUCUGACAUUUUCACAUUAUAUAAAGAGGACUCCGGGGCCCGGCUGGAGCUGAGUGAUCGGCUGCGCUCCCCCCAUGAGCGGACACGGGCCGUGCAGGAGGUGAUGGAGGGGCUCAGAGAUCGGGGAGCCUUCCCCUGUCUCCAGGAAUGGAGGGACGAGCAGUUGGAUGUGAAGACUUUCUUCUCGGAUCCUCCUCUUCUCAGUGUAGAGCGAGCAGCCACACCUCUCCUUGGAGUCUCCCGCCGCGGUGUCAAUGUGAAUGGCUUUCUACGCAGAGGCUCCAAAAUCUUUAUGUGGAUCGCACGACGUUCAUUAACAAAACCCAGCUACCCCGGAAUGCUGGACCAUCUGGCGGCCGGAGCAAUCUCUGCAGGGUCCGGCGUGUGGGAGACCCUCCUAAAGGAGUGUGAAGAAGAGGCGUGUAUCCCAGAAUCCCUUGCAUCCAAAGCCAGACCAGCUGGGACUGUAAGCUAUGCCUAUGAGAAGGACGAUGCCCUGUACCUGGAGUGUGAGUUCGUCUUUGACUUGGAGGUUCCUGAGUCCUUUCAGCCUCAUGCAGGGGACGGAGAGGUGCAGGAGUUCUAUCUAUGGCCCCUGGACAAGGUGAGAGAUGCUAUCGCCACCCAGGAGUUUAAACCCAACUGUGCUCUGGCCGUACUGGAUUUCCUCAUCCGGAACGGGCACAUUCAGCCGGAUGAAGAAAAGUAUUACACCAAGUUUGUGGAGAAUCUGCACAGACCGCUGUGAUGUCAUAUGAGAGACUCACAAUCCAAUUCUGUGAUGUCACAUGACUGAUCCACAAUCCAAUCACCUGAUGUCACAUGACUGAUCCACAAUCCAAUCACCUGAUGUCACAUGACUGAUCCACAAUCCAAUCACCUGAUGUCACAUGACUGAUCCACAAUCCAAUCACCUGAUGUCACAUGACUGAUCCACAAUCUAAUCACCUGAUGUCACAUGACUGAUCCACAAUCCAAUCACCUGAUGUCACAUGACUGAUCCACAAUCCGAUGCGGAGAACACCACAAUCCAGUUCCAUGAUGUCACACCUGAUCCAGUAUAAGAUGAAUGAUGGAGGAAUUAUGGGCAGUUAUAUACUGGUGGAUAUCUUCUUGGUCUCACAAUAUCUUUAAAGACUGUUUUCACUGUAGCUUUACUAUUCCUGAACCAGGCAGCUCAGGAUGAGUACAUCUGUAUAUCCUCACAGGAGGUGCCACAGAGCAUGUGAUGUCACUGGUGUCCUUGCUGAAUCUGAUUAAAAAAAAAACAAAACAAAAAAACGCCACAAUAAUUUUUAGAGUUUUUGCAAUUAUUUUUUCAAAGAUAACGGUUAAUAAAAUAAUUGUGUGGAAUAUAAAGUGCAUGCUUUUCAUUACUUACAAUAAAAUGUAUCAUUUCAUAUCA